AUGGAACAACAGAAGGAGAUGCUAAAGGGACACCGCGACGAAAUCAUUAUAGCAGUUGCUCUAGCAUCGAUGCCAAAUAUUCGAAGGGUUACACUCCCGAAUCAUUGGUGCCCAGCAAGAGAUCUCCUCGGCACCAGCUAUUUCAGCCCUUGGCGUCCCAUGCUUCCUAGAGGUGUAAGAGUUGGCGGGCCACUAUCCAGAGGACCAGAGCGUACCCUCACUUUGCGAAGGAGCCUUCCGGCCUGCCGUUACAAAGCGGACGCCAAGAGCAUUGUCGUACGAAUAUAG